AUCUGCGGGCUCGCUUCCGCAAAUAAAUAUUUGGGCUCCAGUUGUUUGGGCUCUGGGAGCGUGGCUGGAGCCGUCGCGGGGCGGACGGCGGACCAGCGCCUGAGGGCCCGAUGGACGACUUGUUCGCCGUCUUCUCCGAGGCCUCGCACAGCUACGCGGACAUCGAGACCCUGGCGGCAGGACUCUCCACUGGCACGAAGGCGCAGUCCCCCGCCAAGGCGCAGUCCCCCUGGCAAAGCAGACGUCCCCGAGAGGAAGGAGGGCUCCAAGCGGCCGCGCUCCGCGGGUGCGCGCGCGCCCGCCAAGGGCCCCGAGGUGCCCGUCAAGAAGGCGAAGCAGGAGGGGCCCGAGGCCCUGGGGCCCACUGCGGAGGUCACUGGCGACGGCGCGCUGCCGCCGACCAACCUCACCACCGAGCUCGUGUACGAGAAGCUCGACGUGAGCGGCUGCACCCACGAGGUGGUCAGACCUGCGGACGACGUGGCGAACGCAGCGAAGAGGGCCGCGAGCGCCGCCGAGAAGAAGCCGGCCCGGGAGUACGGCUUCACCCUGGACAAGUUCCAGCAGGAGGCGGUGACCUGCCUCGAGCGGAACGAGUCGGUGCUGGUCUCCGCGCACACGUCGGCGGGGAAGACGGCUGUGGCCGAGUACGCCCUCUCGAUGGCCUUGCGGGACAAGCAGAGGCUCAUAUACACCUCUCCCAUCAAGGCUCUGAGCAACCAGAAGUACCGCGACCUGCAGGACGAGUUCAAGGACGUGGGCCUGAUGACCGGCGACGUCACGAUCAAUCCGAACGCGACGUGCAUGAUCAUGACGACUGAGAUCUUGCGCUCGAUGCUCUACCGCGGAUCUGAGGUGGUACGCGAAGUAGCGUGGGUUGUGUUCGACGAGGUCCACUACAUGCGGGACCGCGACCGAGGAGUGGUGUGGGAGGAGACCAUGAUCUUGCUCCCCGACACUGUGCGGCUCGUCUUCUUGUCGGCCACCAUCCCGAACUCCCGCGAGUUCGCCGAGUGGAUCUGCCGGAUCAAGCACCAGUGUUGCCACGUCAUUUACACCGACAAGAGGCCAGUGCCGCUCCAGCACUACCUCUUCCCUGCCGGCGGCGAGGGAGUGUAUAUGGUGGUUGAUGAGAAGAGCCAGUUCAAGGAGGAGAAUUUCCACAAAGCAGUGUCGGCGCUUCAGAAGACGACCGACUCCACCAUGGUCGACACGAAGAAGGCCCAGAAGAACAAGAGCAAAAGCAAGGUCGGCGAUCUGGACAAGGUCGUGCGCAUGUGCAGCGAUAGGGGCUACCUCCCUCUGAUCGUCUUCUCCUUCAGCCGGAAGGAGUGCGAGGCCAACGCGGUAGCGCUGAAGAAGUUGGACGUCACUGACGACGACGAGAAGCGUUUGGUUGAUGAGGUGUUCAACAACGCUCUCAUGACGCUGAGCGACGAAGACCGGGAGUUGCCCCAGAUCCAGAGCAUGUUGCCGCUGCUCCGACGCGGGCUCGGGAUCCACCAUGGCGGGCUGCUCCCACUGCUGAAGGAGGUGGUGGAAAUCCUGUUCCAGGAGUCUCUCAUCAAGGUCCUGUUCUCCACGGAGACCUUCGCCAUGGGAAUCAACAUGCCUGCCAAGACGGUGGUGUUCACAAACACGAGGAAGUGGGAUGGUAUCGAGUACCGUAUCCUUCUCUCGGGCGAGUACAUCCAGAUGGCCGGUCGCGCAGGCCGGCGCGGCAAGGACGACCGCGGGCUCUCGAUCAUUAUGAUGGACGAGAAGGUAGAGCCAGAGGUGGCGAAGGGCAUGUUCCUCGGGGAGGCGACGAAGAUUUCCAGCGCCUUCCACCUCGGGUACAACAUGCUCAUCAACCUUCUGCGCCUGGAGGGCGCAGAUCCAGACUACAUGAUACAGCGAAGCUUCCACCAGUUCCAGAAGGACCGGGCCGUGCUGGAGAUCCAGGACCAGAAGCGGGACAUGGAGACGGAGCUGGCCAAGGUAGAAGACAUCCGCGCGGCGGUGGGCGACGAGACCCAGUACAGCUUCAACGUGGACGAGAUCGUCGCCGACUACUACUACAUGACCAAGGAGCUGGAGAGGGCCAGGGAGGAGCUGCGCCAAAUCAUCGUCCGACCCGAGUCCAUCACCCCGUUCCUGAACCCGGGCCGCCUCCUCUACAUGAGGGACGGCAAGGUGGACUGGGGCUGGGGCAUCUUGGUCGCGGCCUCCAAGAAGGUGAUCCGGGGCGAGGCGGGGCCCGACGGCGCCGAGCAGGUCAGCGAGCCCCAGUGGGUGGUGGACGUGUUCCUGCCCUGCCGGGCUGGCCUGCCCGAGACGGAGAGGCCGUGCCCUCCCGCGGUCGGCUCGACGGCGAAGCCGGAGGGCCGCAUUCUGCCCAUGGCCCUCCAGCUGGUGCACAGGAUAAGCAAGAUCCGCUCCAACAUGCCCAGCAGCGACCCCACGGCGGAGGACUCCCGCCGGGCGCUGCUCAAGACGCUGGCCACGAUCAAGGCCCACAAGAAGUUCAAGGCUGGCAUCCCAGAGCUGGACCCGGUGUCGGAGAUGAACCUUGGGCAGGAGGUCUUGGCGGGUGCACCCGACAAGAUCGCCAGCCUCGAGCGGAGAUUAGCCGAGAGUCCCCUUCACAGCCAGCCUAGUCUCGCAGCCUAUCUGGAGGCCUUCGGCCGGAAGGUCAAGCUGCACAGCGACGUGCAGGAUCUGGACAAGCAGAUCAAGAGCGCCAGAUUCAUGGUUAUGAGCGAUGACCUUCGCGCCAUGCGUCGAUUGCUCCGGAGGCUCGAGUUCAUAGACAAAGACGGUGUGGUCUUGCUCAAGGGUCGGAUGGCCUGCGAGCUCACGUCCGCCGACGAGGUGCUCAUGACCGAGAUUGUAUUCAACAACGUGUUUGCCGACAUGGAGGCCAACAACAUUAUCGCCCUGUGCUCCUGCCUCGUGUUCGAUGAGAAAUCCCAAGAUCCAAUCACCAGCAGGCCAGAGCUGAUGAAGGCCUACGAAACUGUCAAAGGCAUAGCCCGCAACGUGGCAGAGAUCAUGGUCGAAAACAAGCUCCCAAUCGAUGUUGAGGAGUACAUCGGCAAGGUCAAGCCGCAGCUGAUGGAUGUCGUCAUAUCGUGGCUCGAGGGGAAGCGGUUCUCCGAGAUCAUGAACCAGUGUAACCUCUACGAGGGCAGCGUGGUCCGGGUGAUUCGUCGCCUGGAGGAGGUCGUGCGCGAGCUUGCCACGGCGGCAAAAAUAAUCGGAAAUCAGGAGCUCGAGAAGAAGCUCACAGAGGGCAGGGCCCGGCUGAAGCGCGGGAUCAUCUUCUCCGCGUCGCUCUACCUCUGAGUUGCGGACGCCUGUUUCAUGCGCGCGCUCCCCCUUGUGCGACCCUCACAAGAAGCUUACAGCUGAGGCCCAUGGAUUUCGAGCACUGCAGCAGCGGACUCCUCACAAACUCGCCCUCGUGCAUCGCACCCGCCCCGACGCCGCGGCGGGCUCCAUGUCCCCCGGCCGCGCGCCGCGCCCGCACGCCGUGGGCGGCUCGUCCCAGAAGGGACCCGCGUCAGACCCCAUGCGCCGGCGCCUCCCGAAAGAGGGCUGCUCCGGGUCCUCGUCCACCUCCUCCUCCUCCUCCUCCUCCUCCU